AUCUACUCCCCUACCAUGUUAGGUUUAUUAAUGCUGAGUCAGCUAAACAUGUUUUAAUCCUCACCCAGAGGACGCAGGAGCAAUAGUCUAAUAAUUACGGUCUUAAUGACGAAUGUUAUUCAUUGCCUUUCCUACAGCAGUUGAGAUUUUUAUCAGCAUUGUAUGUCUCAAGUGAUUCUGACCUUUUUUCAGUGUACGGCCUAUAGUCAGUCAUUGGAGUUGGUUUUUAUGUACUGACUGUCAGACAAUUGUCUCAUUCCUCCUCCAGUGACCUCUGACCCUCUGUCUGGUCAACAGACACCCAGUGCUGGCGAUGAACAACCAGAAACAACUGAUACUCAAAAUGAUUCCACACAACUUUCAACGGAUGACCAAACCUUGUCAAGCACUCCAUUGACUGAGGAAGACUCAGAUGCUCUAGAAAAGCUGCUCCUAGACAACAAAAUCUCUUUGACUGGUGAAAGGACAUAUGAGACAGUAGUUCACCACCUUCGUGAGCUCGGACAUAUGGAACUUGCAGCCAACCUGAGGGAAAACCUCGACAAAGUUAUCAAAUGGCAGCGUCGAUACCUCGAUAGACUCAUGACUCUAAUGGUUGAUAAAGAAACAAUCGAUAUGUGCACUCUGAAACUGUGUCUCGUUGGUCCCCCUCACGUUGGGAAGACAACCACACUCAAUCGUCUACUGCAAGUGUAUGAAAACAUUCAAUCAGCUGGAGACAAAGCGAAACAUCCAAGCACUCUACUAGCUAACUGUAUCCAAGUUAUGGCGUUGAUUAAUAAAGAUGAGUGGAUAUCUUCCAAGGAUGUCGAUGAAGAAGCCAAGAUGAUAUUUGGUUAUCUAUGUGGCAAUUUAACUCUCGAUGAAAUAGAUAUACCCAAUGAAGAAUCGACAAAGGCCACCCGAUCUGAAGAAACAGUACCUUACAAAGUCCACACACAAACUGUACAACAAGCCACACUUACCGACUCUGAGGAUAAAGCCGCUGUAACCCACAGCAACAAACUAGCACAGGUCAUUCUUCGACUGCAAAAGCUGAUAAAGAGCGGAAACUACUCCCAAAUGGCCAAAUGUCUUGGCAACACCUUGCUGAACAUAAACGAUGUCGGAGGCCAACCAGAAUUCCUAGAAAUGCUACCAGCCCUGAGCAAUGGUCCUGCCAUGUAUCUAGUGUUCUUGGAUCUGAGCAAGGAACUUGACAAGCCCUACAAGAUUCCCUUCUGUCGUGAUGGCAAAGUCAUCACUCCUUAUAAAUCAAUGCACACAGUGAAAACCGCAGUCUCUCAAAUCCUCUCAUCCAUUGCUAGUGUGCGUCACAUGUCGGAAAUUUCGAAGCCUCUCUUAAAAACUCCUCAGUUGAAGGAAAAAUUUGAAGCUUUUCUCGCUGUCCCUCCAGUGGCAGCCCUAAUAGGUACCCACAAAGAUAAGCUUGGUGGAGACUCAACAGAUGGUCCAGAAAAAGAACGAUUGACCAGAGACAAAAUGGUGGAGAUAAACACAGCAUUGAAGCCCAUCACCAAAACUUUCGAGAACAUUUUAGUUUUUCCUAAGCAAGAAAAUGAGGCUUCUGAUGACACAUCUAAUAAAGAAGCUAAUUGCUCUUCUGACAGGAUGUCCUUUUUUGCCCUCGAUAACGAUAAAGGCACGGAGAAUGCUGAAAUUUCUCCAUUACGUGGCUUAUUGAAUAAACUAUUUUACUCUCGCUUCGGCAAAACCUCUCUUCCAAUACCCAAAAAUUGGCUUGUACUAGGAAUUAUUCUCCGAAAGGAAUAUCAAAUUGCCACAGUAGCAGACUGUAUCGAAAUAGGCAAAAGGUUGGAGAUGGAUGAAGAAGAAACCACAAUCUGCCUCCUCUACCUUCAUAGUAUAGGAUCGAUCCUGUACUAUACGGAUGUUCCCAAUGAUGAUGAUCCACGCUGGCUCCUCAAAGGUCACGUCAUCUGCUUACCUCAAGUGAUCUUCGAUAGCAUAAGCCAACUGAUAAUCGUUUCGAUGCAGAAUGUUCAUGAUGGAGGCCUCAACACCGAGUUUGAGAUAGCAGAAUUGAUCAGGAAAGGUCAGUUUACACUAGAGGCCAUCGAGAGACAUUGCAAAGUAGAUGUUCAAGUUUCCAAAAAUCUGAAAAACAAUUUACUAAUACCAUCCGGACCGCUUGUGAAACUUCUCAAGUACCUCAACCUUCUCUCUGAUAUCACACACAAAGAUGAAGAUGGUGAACGAAUCACGUACCUCAUGCCGGCUAUAUUGGAGUGUGCUUCACCAGAGGAGCUGACCAACCCAUCUCAACCAGACAUCAACAACCCAGAACCACUCCACAUCACAUUUAGUUUUGGUUACGUACCAACAGGAGUCUUCUGUGGGCUCAUCACUCGACUAGUUUCCCAAGGCCCUCAUAAAAUUCUCGGAUUGACGUGGGAAUUGGUGGAAGAUGGCAUCAAACGAAACUGCGUCUCCUUUUAUGUUGACUACGUACACAAAGUGACACUGCUCUCUCACGACAGAAGCUACGAGAUACGAGUUGAACGCAAUGCAAAACAGAUGGAUUUAUCUCUUCACGAUCUUUGCUCCCACACUUUGUCAGCAAUCCUGUAUAUGCUCAAGAACCUGUUCCCAAAGUUGAUCCUCAGUGUUGCAUUUCAAUGCUCCUGUCCCAAACACGCAGCAAGCAAGAGUCUCAACAACCUUUGCACCCUUGUUCAAGGCCGAAAGAUCUACUUCCUGUGUGGUAGAAGUCCCGUCACCCUCAGUGAAGCACAACAAGUGUGGUUGGGGAAGCACGUGUGUCUAGGAAACAGGACGGAACUAAAGGUGCUAAAGUUUGCUGAGGAUGGUUUCUCCUUCCACUGGAGCAAAGAGGGCUCCAGACGUCAGAUUAAGACAACUGAUGAUCGGCCCAACACUGUCAGCUUCGCGAGUGUGAGAGAGGAGGACUUUGGUCACUACCAGUGUGAAGUGAAGGAUGCAGCUGCUGGGAAAGUGCUCCUCACUCUCUACACAGCUCUCUACAAAGAGGACACAAAUCCUCUAGCCUCAGGCCAGCGCAAAAAGUCAUUGCCAUCAGAUGUAGAAGUUGAAUCUCUGUCGAAGCGUCCAAAUGAUGUCACUGUACAAGGAUCAUCAUCAGAGAAGGAUACUAGCAAUGGAGGAAGUACACACCAGUCGAUUGUUCUGACUGGAGAUGAUAUUCAAGCAAUUCGCGAGAGUCUCAAGAAUGCAAGCAAAGAUUGGUUUGAUUUAGGAUUGGCUUUCGGAGUGAAGAUUAACGUUUUGGAAAACAUUGAAGAUGAUUACCGUCAUAACGAUCGCCGCCUAAUGAAGGUGGUAGCCAAGCGUCUUGAAGUCACUGAUCCAGAACAUCCGAUGACAUGGCCUUACAUAUGUGAAUGUCUAAGGAGGCCUACUGUUGCACGUAACGAUGUAGCCGAGGAAAUUGAAGACAAGUAUGUGAGGACAGCAACUGCAGUUGCUCAUAGUGCCACCAAUUGAUCAUGAGAACCUAACAAGGUAUGGAAUUCACUUGAAUUAAGGGGACAAAUAAACAUUGCAAGUAAAGAACUGACUCUGUAUUAUUAUACUGACAAUGUCGUCUAUAUACCCUUUAAUUAUAAAAUAAUGUGACAUGAAUUAUUUUAUUUGAGUUCAAGCUGUCUUCCAUUGUUCCUGGUAAGGAAUCACUUCAGUUGCAGCUUCUUAUAGAAGUAUUUAUAAAUGAGGUGUUUGUUUGAUGAUCCUUACCCACUAGCCAAUAAAUCAAUACUGAAAGUACUUGCACUAGCGCUACUCGCGCGAGCACGGCGCUGCUAUUACUAACCCUCUACCUCAACAACACAAGUCUCUCCUGUCAUAAAGAGCUACCACAAGUACAGCAUCCUGUACAGAAAGUUAUCGGUGGUCAGGUAUCCAGCGCUGAACAGAAUAUUGACCAGCGACUACUCUUUGAAAGACCUAUCAAAUGGUGUGUUUAGAUUAGCGAUUGCUUUAAUUUAUAUGUCAGCAAUUUCCCCCGGCCCUCUCUCCUAGGUUGGUUGCAGGAAUAUGUAGCGUCUCAUGCUGUACAUGAGUGACAGUCUUACCAAUGUACACUCUGGAUUGGCCCUGGGUAGACUACAACAAGUUGCUAGUACGUUCCACGUUCUGUGUGCAGUGUACAAAGCUGUAGUGGCCAGAGAACCAGCAAAUGAAAACUAGAAGUGUCUACUUUGAAAUAAUGUUCUCUCUCUCUCCUUCAACGAACAUCAGCGAAUCUUUCAAGAAAUUGGGAAUUAAAGACACUUCACAAAAUAUUCUCCUAGUGGCACUGCAUUCAAAUGAGGCUGAUGCAAAGGCGUCUGAUUUAUUGGGCAUGAUUGAGGGUGACCUAACACCAUUGCAAGGCAUCCACUCGUGUAAUAAUACACAGAGUAUAAUCAAGGAGUACAAGAUUCCUCCUGAAGAGCUGGUGAUAUGCUCACUAGAGAACUGUGUAGUUACUAGUUACCUAGGUCACCACCAUUAAUGUGUUAUUGUUUAUUGUGUGUUGGCUAUAAUCAUUAUCAAGAGUUCAUGAACUCUUGUCAUUAUCAACACCCACACA